GGCUUCCCUCCUCUUCUCCCCCCCCCACCGUAGGUAGAGAGAGGGAGAGUGAGUGAGCAGAGAGGAACCACUGAGAGGAGAGGAGAGGUCAGAGAGAGAAGAGAGAAGAGAGGUGAGAUCGUCGUCGUCAAUGGUGAGGCAAGAACAGUAGGAGCAUUAGGAUAGAACCCAUCCAUCCAUCCAUCCAAUCCCAUCAUCCCUUAGGACAUAGGAUCCACCCAUCCAUCAUCGCCAUCUGCAUUGCAUCCAUGGUUUCCUUCUAGGAUUUCUUUCUUCUACUUCUUCUUGGUUCUUCUUUGGUUCCCUUCUUUUUUCAUUGGCAAGAAGAUAAAACUAUGGAGGUUCUGGGGUUUGCCGUCGCCGGCGAGGAGACGGUGAGCAGCCCGGGCAGCGUCCAGUCUUAUUCUUUCUAGAUGUUUUUUUAGGCCAGACAUUCUUUCUCCCUGACGAUUCGUUGAUUCUUUUGUACUAAGCAGCGUUCUGCAGAGUCCAAAACUAAACCCCUCUCCACUAUUAGUUCCUCUUAAUUCUUUCCUGCAUAUACACAUAUAGCCAACUCACCAACAUUAAAUUCUUGAUUUUCUUCGUUUUCUUUGCCCGAAAGGAACUGACAAAUUCUUUCCAAGAACCAAUCCUCUGUUUUUAGUACAUCGAUCGAUUCAUUCAUUCAUUCAUAUAGUACACCUCACUGAAGCUUAAGCUGUAGCCACAUAGCUGAGAGAUCGAGAGUGAGUGAGUGAGAGACAGAGGAGAAGAGUGUGAUCAGCACAGGAAGAAGAAGAAGAAGCUCCAUUGUUGAAUCAUCCGCUGGUGACGUAGCCUGAGAGGGAUGUUGGCAGGCUUCUCGUUGUCGUCCAGGCAUCAGAUGAGCAGCACAGCGCAGCGACUCCCAUGCGGCUUCUCCAAGCGGGGAGGCCGCGGCCAUGGCGAAGGCGGCGCCGCGGCCCCGCGCGUGGCGGGCGACGGCAGGGGCGGAAGCAGCGGUGCCUGCUCCUUCCGCGCUCACCCGGCGCCGCCGGUGUCCCAGGCGGUCUCGUGGGGCGCCACCGCCACCGCCAAGCCGGAGCCCUGCGUCGGCGAUGUCGGCGGCGGCGGCUGGGAGAGGAGGAGCAGGGCGCUGAAGCGCGCGCAUGACGAGGCGGCGGCGGUUGAUGAGCAGGAGGAGGGGGAGUACGGCGCCGUCGCCCGCGCCAAGCGGACCCGGAUGAUGGGCGGCGCCGGCGACGAGGUAUGGUUCCAUAAAUCCAUUGCAGGGCCGAUGCCGAUGAUACAAGCGGCGGCCGGAGGCGAGGAAGAAGAGGAAGAGGAGAAGGUGUUUCUGGUCCCGAGCGCCGCCGCGUUCCCGCAUGGCAUGAUCCAUGCCGCCGCCGCGGGCGCGGGGACUUCGACCCUGGCCCCGGCCAAGGAGGAGGAGUACAGCAAGUCGCCGUCGUCCCACUCGUCGUCCUCGUCUGGCACGGACGGCGGAUCGUCGGCGGCCAUGCCGCUCGUGAUGGCAAGCAGCAGCCAGCCGGAGCUGGAGGCGCUGGAGCUCGUGCGCGCGCUCAUGGUGUGCGCGGAGAGCCUCGGCGCCGGCAACCACGAGGCGGCCAACUACUACCUGGCCAGGCUGGGCGAGUCAGCCUCGCCGUCGGGCCCCACGCCGCUGCACCGGCUGGCCGCCUACUUCGCCGAGGCGCUGGCGAUCCGGGCGGCGACCACGUGGCCGCACCUGUUCCACGUCAGCCCGCCACGUCACCUCACGGACCUCACCGACGACGAGGAAGAAGACGCCGUGGCACUUCGGGUGCUCAACAGCGUGACCCCGAUCCCGCGGUUCCUCCACUUCACGCUCAACGAGCGCCUGCUCCGGGAGUUCGACGGCCACGACCGCGUCCACGUCAUCGACUUCGACAUCAAGCAGGGGCUCCAGUGGCCGUCCCUGCUCCAGAGCCUGGCCGCGCGCCGCCCGGAUCCCCCGGCGCACGUGCGGAUCACGGGCGUGGGACCCUCCAAGCUCGAGCUCCAGGAGACCGGCGCGCGGCUGUCCGCUGUGGCGGCGUCGCUCGGGCUGGCGUUCGAGUUCCACGCCGUGGUCGAGCUCCGGCUCGAGGACGUCCGGCUGUGGAUGCUCCACGUGAAGCGCGGCGAGCGCGUGGCCGUCAACUGCGUCCUGGCCGCGCACCGGCUGCUCCGCGACGGCGGCGCCAUGGCCGCGUUCCUGUCCCUGGCCCGCAGCACGGGCGCUGACUUGCUCCUCCUCGGCGAGCACGAGGCGGAGGGGCUCAAUGGCGGGCGGUGGGAGCCGCGGUUCGCGCGCGCGCUGCGGCACUACGCGGCGCUGUUCGAUGCCGUGGGCGCGGCAGGGCUCGAUGCGGCGAGCCCGGCGAGGAUCAACGCGGAGGAGAUGUUCGCGCGGGAGAUCCGCAAUGCCGUGGCGUUCGAGGGCGCUGAUCGCUGUGAGCGGCAUGAGGGGUUCCCGCAAUGGCGGCGGCGCAUGGAGGACGGCGGGUUCCGGAACGCCGGCUUCGGAGACCGGGAGGCGAUGCAGGGGCGCAUGAUCGCCAGGAUGGUCGCGCCGCCAGGCAACUACGGCGUGCGAGCCCAGGGCGAUGACGGCGAGGGGCUCACGCUCCAGUGGCUCGACAACCCACUGUACACCGUCUCGGCGUGGACGCCGGCAGGCGACGGCGCAGGCAGCACGGUGUCCGCGUCCACCACAGCUUCACACUCUCUGCAGAGCUGAACAGUGAAGUGAAGGAAGAACUAAUCCUUUUCAGUAGUGGUUCUUUUGCCUGUCAAUGAUUCAUUCAUUCAUUCAGUUAGUAGUUCAUAUAAUACAGACUGACCAUUCUUUUAUACAUUAUUCAUAAUCGUCGUCAUUAGAGGCAGAAAAGAAAGAUGUAGCGUUUUUUCUCUUUUGGUUUACAGAGAUAGGAGGAAAGAUUCAAUUGUUAGUAGCUGUGUAAUAAUUCUUUAUUCUUUUGGUUGUUGAGCUUAGGUCCUUGCAGAAAUGUCAGCUGCAUGUAGAAGAAGCAGGGCACUUCACAGCAUAUAUAUUACAUUCCAUUCCAUUAGUUUCGGUCAUAACUUUGUAAUUCUUUGUUCAGAAUAAGAAAUGAAAUGGAGAACCAUAUGCUAUUUCAUCCAUCCA